AUGCGUGGAGUCGCUAUGGCGGGGCUGGAGGGCCUGGUGAAGAGGAGGGAGGAGGAGAGGAGGAGAGAGGAGGAGAGCAGGAAAGAAGAAGAGAGGAGGAGGGAAAUGUUUCUUGAAGAAGCAAGGUCGAUGAAGGCCCCCGAGAGAGCAGCUGAUCUCGUACCUUUCGUGUCGUCGGCACAUGCCGACAUUCCGAGCCAGCAUAAACUGGAAGAUGAUGGCAGAGACGGGGGAGGAAGCGAGCUCGAUGAAGAGGAGGGAAGCCGCGGCUCCUGGGACACCAAGAACGAAAGAUCGGUCUACAUCGGGGAGGAGGAGGAGGAUGGCAACGAGGUGGCUGUGGGAGUUUAUGAUGAGAAUCUCGGCCACCAACCCUCGGAGGAGGAGGCGUCAGGGGAUGUAGAGAGCAGCAACAAGCCCUCGUCAUACAACCCCUUUGAGGCCUCGCAGGAGGAGCGUGACUCCAAACAUCACGCGGCGCAUGUCCCUCCCGACCAUUCCGACAUGGAUAACUUCCGCUUGCGGCAGGAGACGUUGGACCUCCAUGCAGCUCUGCAGGAGCAGCUAAAGAGGAACGUGAAGAUAGAGGAGCGACAUGUGUCUGAGCUGGAGGGCCUGCGCGAAACUUUUCUCAGCUCUCUGGAGGUGAAGGCUAGGGAGAUGAAGGAGAAGUACAUGGAGGCGAUGGCGCAAGUGCACAAGGAGCACGAGCAGGAGAAGAGGAGGAUCGUACAAGAGCUCCAGGAAAGGAUAGCGCAGCUGGAAGAAGAUGCGCUGAAGUCGAAUCAACGACAUGAAGAGCAGCUGUCGGACCUGCAGGCUGCGCUGGAUGCUGAGCGAGCGGAGAAGGAACGUGAGAGAUCGAUGCUGGUCGGGCGAUCGCCAGGAGAAGAUCGAGGUAGUGAUGGGAAUGGGAGGCGCGAAGGCUACAAGCCGGUGGGCGGAGGAGAUGAGGCCUCAAUGCGCUUAGUGGAUGCUUCUGUUUCUGGAUCGGGGACGGAGAGGAAGAGGAGUGUCUACAAGCGAGUGACACUAACGCGACGGACGUUGGACGUCAGUGGCUACCAUGAGUCGACGACGACCAUCUGUGGCGUGGGGCUCGGCUUCGACAUGUGCAGGCAGGGAAACUUUGUGAUCAGGAAAACGCUGCCGGGGUCCAGCGCUGACCUGCAUGAGGACGUGGAAGUCGGCGAUCGCAUCGUGGCUGUGGAUGGGAUCCCGACCUUGGGAAUGGAGAUGGAGGAGGUUGUGGGUCUGAUACAAGGAAGCGCUGGGACAAGUGUCUCCUUGCUGAUCGAGUGCGACGACGCCAACGACAGCAGCUGCUCCUCCGGUCACGCCUCCACGAGCAUGGACAGCGACAAGCCGAGCAACGUCAGACACACGACAAGUCAAGAGGAGGAGGAUGGCUUGUUUGAUCUCAUCGGAGAGGAGUGGGCGGAGGUGCUGCAGCACCUUGAGGAGGAGGGAGGGAAGGAGAGGGCGAGGCAGCGCCUUCCGCUCCUGCUCCAUGUGAUGAAGAGGCAAAACUGCAGCAACGUGCAGCUGAGGAGAGAAGUGACGCAGCUGAAGGAGCAGCUGAGAACUUUCUUCAUCUUUCAGAUCAGACAGGAACAGAUGAUCGCCCGUGAAAGAGACGAGGCUGAGAACCUCAAGAAGCAGCUCACAGCCUUGACCAGACUCGUCGGAGGGCGUCCAGCCGAGAAAGACCAUGUGGAUCAUUCAUGA